UUUUGCAUCAAGUCGCACUCAGUGUCACAGUACCAAAGCAGCCAUGCUUGUGAUGAUCAACGCGACGGACAACCCAUGGAUGGUGGCACUGCUGCUGUUCGUGCAAGUGGUUAUGCCGCUGCUGCAGAGCAAUGCUGCAGAUAACGAGGGCGCGUCGCUGGCGCUCAACGUUGCCAUCCUGUUCCUGGUGGGACUCUCACUCAUGACGUUCUGGAAGGCCGCGCGCUUCUGCCGCGUGCUGUACCAGCUCCGCGGACGGCACCCCGAAAUGGGUUGGGUGGCUUUCUUCCGUGAGGCCUACACGCAGGUGGCGGCGGCAGCAGCGCAGCGGGAGGCCAAUAAUCAAAACCGUGCAGCACAAGAGGAUGCACGCUCCGACACAUUUAACCGAACGCUACGCACCAUUCAGGUGAUGCCCACGGAGGAGUUCAAGACGCCCGGGGAGCUCAAGGAAGUCACCAUCGCUGAACUCAAGCAGCGACUCGAGCGUCGUGACGUGGACCUUGCCGGAUGUGUGGAGCGUCAAGAGCUUGUUGAUCUGCUGGUCAAGUACAGGGGAGGCCCAUCCAACAACGACACGUGCUGUAUCUGCUGCGAAGAGUACGAAACGGGAGACGUGCUGCGUCUACUACGCAAGUGCAAGCACGAAUUUCAUCUCGAGUGUCUGGACAAGUGGGCCUUUACCUCUGUCAACUCACAGCGCGCACCGUCUUGCCCACUCUGCAAUCAAGGCCUGGAGUAGGGUGUCAAAUGCUUCGCUUGAUGCACUCCAUGAAUAUUCCGCCUCAAGAUCGAGUUGCAAGGGCGAGAACAAGUUUUUAUUUCUUGUAGCUGCUUAUAAUAAUUGUAGGCUCGAGUGACUACUGUAGUGUCGAUUUCACUGUGGAGACGAUGGUGGACACUUUAUGCCUCUAA